AUGAAACAGACCGGCCAGGUCGCGAUUUCUGACGGGAAGCUGGUACUGGACUCUUCUUUUGACAAGGAUCCCAUCGAAGUCAUCCUUUCCGAAUCUCUACGCUCGGUUUAUUUACACGGUAGCGAGCCAUCGCUCUAUAGCGCUUGUGGGGCCUCUGAUACGACACGUCUUGACACACCGUCAGCGCUCAGUAACGAUCAGAGUGUGAGUAAUGCGAAUAAACCACGACUCAUCCAACGGGGCAACGAUGACGAUUUUUUCGCAAUGCUCGAGAAGAUGGGCAAUCGUCUGGACGACCAACGGGCGGAGAUGCCGCUGCCGGUCACCGGACGCGCAUCGACCAUCUCAGCCGUUUCGAUCUCUUCCGAUCGCUCGCCAUCCACAUCAAAGUCUCGCUUCUCACUGCUGAAGCGUGUGAAGAGCUCAAUGAUCACACCCAAAUUCACUUCGACGCCUCUGAAGAAGAAAUCAAAGAUUCCCUUCAUGCGAAGCACCAAAUCGCUGAAGAGCCUUACGAAAUUUGGCGGAAAUAUCGACGGCUCAAAUCUCUGGCCCGCAAUCGAUGAGGACGUGGCAGAGGCCGAAGAAGAGAAACCGCAACAGAACAAGAAGACUCCACUGCCGCCUCCAAGGAAGAGUAGAUUGCCGCCGCCCCCGGCUCUUCUCGCCGAGGCCAUCGAGAACAAAGAAAACAGCACAACAACUGGCCCUUCAGAGAGCAACCCACAUUUCGAGGCGGCCCUCCAUGGGGUGCAUCAAUCCGAGAGCAUAUCGCUAAAUAUUGAUUCGGACGUUACAGGUGUUCAACCUUCAGCGCUUCAGAGUCUACUCGACUUUAUGUAUUCAGGGCAUGUUGUCUUGAAUGAAGAAACCGUCAAAGCUGCCAAUGCGUUACAAAUAGAACCGCUAGCGGCAUUAGAAUCACAAAUAGGAAAUGCUUAUAUCAACCCGAAUCACAAUGUACAGCUGAUGACGGCCAUUCAGCGAUUUAGAAAACAAUCAAAAUUCACGGAUUGUCUGUUGAAGUUCAAAGACGGGAUCACGCUGUCCUGCCACAAAAGCAUCAUGGCAGCAUUCAGCCGGCCGCUAGCUGAAUUGUUCGAACGGGGCGAUGGAAGGAAAGAUUUGACAUUAUCGACGGGGAUUGGUUCCAGGACGGACCUUCGAGUGAUCGUCGAUUUCCUGUACACUGGUCGUCUGGGGAAUUCUUUUUGGGGUCCACGGCGUGCCGAGGUUAGCCGAAAUAAAUUUCGAAAAGGUGGCAGUCCGGAUUCUGAAGAAUACGAGCCACGACCAUCGACAAGCCGUGUAGAGCCUGAUUCCCUAGAUGACUAUCAUUUGCUGUACGACGAAUUCGUGCUGGGCCCAAGGCGGAUACGGCCUCUGCCGGGUGGUAGGCGGCUUGGUCCAAGCUUCACCAUCAAGGGCCCGGCAUGUAUCAUUGAGAAAGGAGCUCCGAUCGCUGCACUUCAAGUCAGCAGCCCGGCGCCAUCGACUUUUGGGCGUCGAAAGAGGGAUGUGGAUUCGGAUGGGCAAAUUCCCGAAAUUUGCACGAGCAGCCAGCUGAUUGUGCCUCUGGUGGUGGGUGAGCAACAGCUACUAAUGGAAAAGCCGUAUAAAUGCAACUAUUGUGAGCACAGGACGCGCGAACGUGGAGCCCUAGUGAAGCAUAUAAGAUGCAUGCACACCCUCGAGACCCCAUAUAAAUGCAAGUAUUGCGGCCAGGGCUUCAAAGUUCAGAGCAAUUUGGUACGCCAUAUCCGGGCGCAUACAGGCGAAAAACCGUACGCUUGCCGGAAGUGCGGCACUUGCUAUGCAGAUAAAAAGAACAUGGACGCGCACGUGUUCCGUGAACAUUUGGGCAUGAAGCAGUUACAGUGCCCGGUUCAAGAGUGCCAAGCGAAAUUUUGGCGUCAGGAUCGGCUUCAAUUACACGUGGCCCGUACGCAUAAUCGGCAAAUUGAUCGAAUCGGGGCAAAGCAGGAUGAUAAUAAUAAA